GGGACACUUAUUGGAGAAACACGGCACCCCGAGUGACCCGCCGAAGGCUUCCGGUACGGAAGAAUGUGGCCGCUGCAGCGUGGGGGCCUUUCCUUGUCCUUUGCCUUGGCUCGGUCUCGGGGAACCCGGACCUAUAGCAGGGAGAAAGAUGUCUCCUACACGCAGGGGCAGAGCCCGGAACCCCGGACCCGCGAGUACUUUUACUAUUUGGAUCAUCAGGGCCAGCUCUUCCUGGAUGAUUCAAAAAUGAAGAACUUCAUCACCUGCUUCAAAGACCUGCAAUUCCUGGUCACCUUCUUCUCCCGCCUGAGACCCAACCACAGCGGGCGCUACGAGGCCUCCUUCCCCUUCCUCUCGCUCUGUGGCCGAGAGCGCAACUUCCUGCGCUGCGAGGACCGGCCUGUGGUCUUCACGCACCUGCUGACGGAGGACGACGGGUCACAGCGCCUCUCCUACUGCGGCGGGCACGAGGCCCUGGUCGUGCCCUUCGAGCCCGCGCGCCUACUGCCCCUGGCGGUCAUGACGGAUGAACCUCAAGGUGGGGACAGCACAGGUGCAAGGGACAAAAAGAAUGGGAAUUAA